AUGUCUAGCCUUCCACAUCGUUUCACCAUCGCGGUCGAUGGUAAGCACGUCGCCAAGCCCGAGCAAAAGAGCGAAGGGAUGUUCCAGGCUCAGUCUGGUGAUGAGCCUGCCAUCUUUGAGCUCAAGGAUGACCGUCUUGUCAGCGGCGAGUUUGCUCUGGGUCGAUGGAUAGUCGAAGACCUGACUAGCCAACCCAAGCCCAUCAUGUGGGGCAAGAACGAUGAAGAUUCUCGAGACUUGCGACCUGUGACUAUCACAGAAGGUGCCAAUGGUCCGGAGAUCAAGUUUUACGAUUCUACUGGUGUUGUCAUUCACGACGGCAAGCUCUUCGCAAUUACGGCUCGAGGUACCGAGGAAGGACAGUCGGUCGAGAUCCGUGCAAGCGAGAAUUAG